GACUGCUCGGUGUUGGAAAGAGUCGGUCGCUGUGGAUCGUUGGUAGUGCUGGAGAUCAGCAGCAGUGUGUGUUGGGACCGCGCUCGAUCAAACUCCUGUUCGCGAUAGAUCGGGAUAAGAACGAGAGUCCUGCUCCAGAAGUCUUGCGCAUAUAAACGAAUGAUUCGUAUAAGAGAUUGAGAAUUAGAGGUUUGACCAGUGUUUAUGUUUCUGGCUAGGUUGCUAACUGGUUGAUCUCCUAAUGGAAAGAGCGUCUGAGUUUGUCUGAUGUGAGUAUGUGAGCCGCUGAGCGUCUGGGAUACAAUGUUUCUCGUGUUUCUUUUUUCGGAGCGUCUCACGCGCUACAGAGUAACAGCAGCGCGAGCGCUCCAGCCUGAACAAUGAUUCAGAGUGACCGUGCUACAGACUCACUCCUGCAGGACUGACUGAAGAAACUCUCUCAGGCCAGCUUUUAUAUGCAUCAGCACUGUACACUCCAGAGCAAUGCAAGAAUGUCUUAGCCCAGUGAGCACUUGCAAGGGGGGACUCUGCUAGUUUUUCCCCCAUGGGCACUCCAGGUGAUGAGUCAGCACUAGUGAUGGAGAUCAAUUGAGUCCUGUCCCUGACACUAUUCAUUGCCCUUUCCCCCUUUACCCUUUACCCCUGCCCUGCCUGGCUAGUGCACGAACAUGCUGCGCUUCCUCCCACUCAAGCUUGGCCGUUUGUACCGGUGUCUGAAGCUUCUCUUUGUCAUUGGGCUGUUUGUCAUCCUGCUGAUGAACACACACAACCUCUUCGCCUCUUUCCAAAAGAAUGAACUCACCGACCGAAGGUUCAUCAACCUCAACAAGUGCCCAGCCUGCUUUGGCACCAGUUGGUGUCGCAAGUUCAUGAAUGGACAAAUAUCCUUCGAGACAUGGGGUCGCCUUCGCUUCCUGGAUGUCUUCAAUGUGAAAAACGUUUUCUUUGCCCAGUAUGGGGAGCCUCGUGAGGGUACGCGGAGGAUUGUUCUCAAGCGUUUGGGCUCCAAUCAAGAGCUUACUGAUAUUGAUCAGAAGAUCUGCAAGCGGGCAACGGGUCGACCUCGUUGCGAUCUUAUCCAGGCCAUGUACAAGACUGAGUUUGCCCGACUUAAUGGGGACGUCAGACUCCUAACCCCAGACGUUGUGGAAGGCUGGUCAGACCUUGUUCAAUGUCCGUCCCAAAGACUGCUAGACAGAAUAGUCAGGAGAUAUGCUGAGACAAAGGACUCUGGAAGCUUCCUCCUCAAGAACCUUAAGGACACAGAAAGGAUGCAGCUGCUGAUGACCUUGGCUUUCAAUCCAGAACCCUUAGUGCUUCAGAGUUUCCCAUCAGACGAAGGCUGGCCAUUUGCAAAGUACCUGGGUGCAUGCGGGCGAAUGGUGGCGGUGAACUACGUGGGCGAGGAACUGUGGAGUUUCUUCAAUGCUCCCUGGGAAAAGAGAGUAGACCUGGCCAAGCAGUUGAUGGACAUUGCGGAGCAGCUUACUAACAAUGACUUCGACUUUGCUCUCUAUCUGCUGGACGUCAGCUUCGAUAACUUCGCCGUCGGCCCACGGGACGGGAAGGUCAUUGUGGUGGAUGCGGAGAAUGUUGUGGUGGCCGACAAGAGGUUGAUCAAACAGAAUAAGCCUGAGAACUACGACGUCUGGUACGAGAGCAAGUUUGAGGAGUGCGACAAGGAGGCUUGUCUAUCCUUCUCUAAAGAUAUGUUGUGCUCGCGGGUCACAGUGGACCACAAUUAUUACGCCAUCUGUCAAAAUCUGCUUUCACGAUAUGCUAUGUGGAGGGGCAGCUCCGGUGGACUUCUUCACGACCCCCCGCCACACAUAGCCAAAGACGGCCAGCUCGAAGCCCUGUUGGAUGAAUGUGCCAACCCUAAAAAGCGGUACGGCCGCUUCCAGGCAGCUAAAGAACUGCGCGAGUACUUAACCCAGCUAAGCGGUACCGCGAGGUAAUGACCGCCCAUCCCUUGUUAAUACUCAACAUUCACCCAUCAAUGUCCGAUGACAUCUUCAGGGUUUGGGGAUCCCCUGACGAAGCUUCAGUCUUCUGUGACUUUAUCUCAGACCAAUCGUCCUUCACAAUAGAAUCUGUUAUGUGUACAUUUUGUUUAGCUUACGUUGAUCUUUAAAUUAUUGAAAUGUCUUGAGUUCAUUGCUUUUAUUCAAUAGUUUAUUUUGCAAUAAAGGCAGCGGUUAUGUCACCAUUGUCAACAUCCUCCAGUUUCUCGCUGGAGGUUUCCUUGCAAAAUGGUGACACCUCGAAAGGCAGCUGGGAAUGUCAGUACAUGAGCAUUAAAUCAGUCCAAAAUUUUUUAGCAUACGUCUUCUGCCUAAUUGAUUCACUUACAUUCCAGGGAGAACGAGUUUGGCGUAAAGCAUAAUUUUGAGAUGGUAGAGAGGAUGUGGAAGUCUGUACAUAAUUAGAGCAGAUUGGAGAGGGGAAAUGAGUUUGAAUUGCUUUGCAUAUACCAAAGAGUCUGGUUCUAUGUAACUCAAACCUCUGAACUAAAAGGGCAGAGCCUAAAAACUGAGCCUAGUCAAACCACCCUGGAGCAGAUUCAUGAAUGUGGUUAGACUUGUUAUGAAGAUUUGUGUUUGUAUUAAUCAAGCAAAGUCCAGAGAGACGGCCACAAUGAAUCCAAAUUAUGUGGUAUUAUUAAAUCAGAGCAGGGUCCAGGUCUCUAAUUGGCCAUUAACUAUAAAUAAUGUACCGGCAUAUGGCGUGAUGCGGCACUAUCAACUCCUCGACGUGUGAACGUGCAUCUGCACAGGCUGAAAUGGAACUUUCUAUCUUUAAAAUCCAUCUUAACAUUUCAAUUUCACAGCUCUGCAAUUGAAUUAAUCAAAAUUUAAUUAAACGUCUCUAACACUUAAGAUCAUUUAACUUUGAGCCUUCAGCCUGCUGUUUUUUCCCCCUCCCUGGUUUGAUUUUGCACUUGGUGGACCAAUGAAUUAGAUCAGAAUGCUAAUGAGUAUGCGUUAGAUAAUGAAGUACGCUAGCGCUUGACUGACAGCAUCUCUCCAUUGAGCCUGGAUUUUGAAAGCUACCUAAUCACUUUCCAACUUUAUGUUUCUGCCAGUGCAAAUGAAUGAAAUGAAUUAAGAUUUGAAUCUUUUUUUGUUGUUAUUAUUAUUAUUUCCCUGUUUGGGUUCUGGCCAGUCAGAGUCAAAGCAAUAAUUGUCCAUCAGCCAUUAUCAGUGAAGAUCCCUCCGCUCGUCAAAUCUAAACCGGUCCGGAUGGCCUCUCUUUAGGUGUUGACACGUGAGAGAUUUUUUGCGUGCAUAAAUAACUGUCCGCUUUUGUACUGUACUUCUAUUUCAGUUGAGUAUUAUAUCAGCUGUGUCUGAUUUUACUGUGCCUUUCAUUCAGAAGUUGUAUUUACAACUUUUUAGUCUGUUUAAAUAUCAAAGAAUAAAUGAAAAUAUAUAAAUGAA